AGGUAGCAUGCACAGAGCCUUCUGGGGCUUGUAGAUAUCAAUAAAAGGACCAUAAGCCCCCACAGCUCUACGCCUCUACGUACCAAAAAAAAUAAAAAAGUAGAAUAAAAAUGGGUAAAAGCCCUAUUGUUAUUAUUAUCUCCGCUGUAUGUGUGGUGGCGUGUGUGGCGGCCGUCACAGUCGGGGUGUCAAAAUUUGGGCACCAUGGCGAGGCGUCCGAUAACAAUGGUGGUGGUGAGCACAAGUUAAAUUCAGGAACAAAGGCAAUUCAAAGUAUUUGUCGCCCCACACGUUACAAAGAAGCAUGUGAAAGUACAUUAAGAAAUUCAGCAGGAAAUACAAGUGAUCCAAAAGAGUUGGUAAAAACAGCCUUUAGGGUAGCUAAAGAUGAAAUAACAAAAGCUCUAGAAAGAUCUAGAACGAUUAAAGCUGCAAAAGAUGAUCCUAGAGCAGCUGAAGGAUUAGAGAUAUGUAAAGAAGUUGUUGGGUAUGCUAUAAAUGAUUUGGAAAGAACAGUUGAUUCUGUGGGUGCAUUUGAUAUAAGUCAUUUUGAUGAUUUUCUUGAAGAUUUAAGGGUUUGGAUUGGUGGGGCCAUCACAUAUCAAGAAGUAUGUUUUGAAGCAUUUGAGAAUAGUACUAGUGAUGCAGGAACAAAAAUGAGAAGUUUUUUUAAUGUGUCUAGGGAACUAAGUAGUAAUGCUUUGAAUAUUAUAACUGAGGCUAAAUCUAUGCUGAGUUAUUUGGAUAUUCCUGGGUUUGAUUUGGGUUCUAUGGGUGGUGGUGGUGGUGGUGAUACUGUGGUGCAUCGUCGGCUUUUGGCAGCAGCGAGUAAGGGGAUGUGGGUGGCUGGUGAGAUGCCUGCAUGGGUUAGUGAUCCUAAGAGGAAAAUGAUGGAGACUCCUGUUGGGCAACUUAAGGCUGAUGCUGUUGUUGCACAAGAUGGGUCUGGUCAGUAUAAGACAAUUGGUGAAGCUAUAAAACUUGUGCCAAAUGGGAACCCUACACCAUUUAUUAUUUAUGUUAAGGCUGGUACUUAUAAGGAGUAUAUUACUAUUGAGAAGAAACAAAUUAAUGUUAUUUUGGUUGGUGAUGGUGCUACUAAGACUAUUAUUACUGGUAAUAAGAACUUUGCUGCUGGGGUUAAUACUUUUAGGACCUCUACUGUUGGUGUUUUAGGAGACGGGUUCAUGGCAAGGGACAUAGGAUUCGAGAACACAGCAGGAGCAGAAGGUCACCAAGCAGUAGCCAUAAGAGUAGUCAGUGAUUUAGCCAUCUUAUACAAAUGUGCAUUCACAGGAUACCAAGACACCUUAUACGCUGUCCGAGGCCGUCAAUUCUACAGAGACUGCACAGUCUCCGGCACAAUCGACUUCAUCUUCGGUGAUGCACAAGCUGUAUUCCAAAACUGUAAACUCCUCGUACGUAAACCAGGACCAAACCAACAGUGUAUGGUAACUGCACAAGGCAGAACAGAGGAAAAAGGGCCAGGAGGAUUUGUAUUCCAAGGGUGUACUAUAACUGGUGAGCCCGACUAUAUGCCUGUAAAGGCUCAGUACCCAGCUUAUUUGGGACGCCCAUGGAAGGAAUAUUCUAGAACAAUCUUCAUGAACUCGAACAUCGAUGAUACGAUUAUGCCUGCAGGGUGGACUGAAUGGAGAGGUAACUUUGCUCUUGAUACUUUGUUUUAUGCAGAGUACCAAAACAAAGGUACUGGAUCCGAUACUUCUAAACGGGUUAAAUGGGCGGGUAUUAAGACUUUAACACCUCAACAAGCUGAAGAGUUUACUCCAGCUAAGUUGUUUGUUACCGCUGAUAAAUGGAUUCCUCCGUCUGGUGUUCCAUAUGCUUCUGGAAUAUUUUCUGGAACUGCUUAAAUUUUAGGAUGAAGAGUGUGUGGUAAAUUACUUACAUGAAGUAUAUAAUUCUAUUUAUUUUAGAAGAGUGGUGAAUAUUUGUAAAUUAUACACAAUAUAAGAAAUUUUUUAAAUUUUCAUGAAUACUAAAUCAUACAACUUCGUACAUAUAUACAUAUGUUUGCUAUGUUUAGUAUUCUGUUUUGAAUAUUUGGAAUAUAAGUUAGGACUUCA